UCAGGUAUAGUACAGUGAUAUCAAAAUAGUCAACAGCCGAUGAGAAUAACUCAAAGUUUAUAUUUACAUUUUUAAACAACUAAUACAUUUUUAAGCAGUUUUAUCAGGAGAGAAUUGAAUUUUAUAAAUCACCUAACUGAUGAUUUCUUCUGUUACUGAUAAAUGAGUGUCUAAAAAAUAAUCAAACUUUUUCCUUUAUAUGUAAAAUUUGACAGCUAUAUAUUUUUAUUCUGAAACCGAAAUGGAAAAUGAAUGUAAAAUUACUGUGAAGUGGAGUGGAAAAGAAUUUUCCAUUAAUAUUUUUGAAACUGACACAGUAUUAACAUUAAAGGAACGUAUUUACGAUGAAACUGGUGUCCGUCCAGAAAGACAAAAGCUUCUCAAUCUUAAAUUUAAAGGAAAACCGACACAAGAUGAAAACACAAUUGGAAUGCUGGGCAUUAAAAAGGGCUUUAAACUCAUGUUAAUGGGAUCCCGCGAAGAAGAUAUCGCAGAAGUGAGUCAAGCUCCUGAGAAUCUACCAGACGUGAUAAAUGAUCUCGACAUCGAGGAGGAGGAAGUGGAAAUUGAAAAAGCCGAAGUUUACCUCUCAAAAAUUCAAAAACGAAUAGACAAUUAUAACGUCCUAGAAUUAAAUCCACUUCGCGAGGGAAAGAAAUUGUUAGUUCUCGAUAUAGAUUACACUUUAUUUGAUCACAGAUCAGUUGCAGAAUCUGGUAUUGAAUUAAUGAGGCCAUUUUUACAUGAAUUUUUAACGAGGGCCUAUAAAGAUUACGACAUUGUUAUUUGGUCGGCCACCAGUAUGAAGUGGAUUAAUGAAAAAAUGAAACUUCUCGGUGUAACAAAUAAUGCUAAUUAUAAAAUUGCCUUUCACUUAGAUUCACUUGCUAUGAUUUCCGUUCACACUCCAAAAUACGGAGUUGUUGAUGUAAAACCCCUUGGCAUGAUUUGGGGUAAAUAUAAGCAAUUCUCAUCGAAGAAUACAAUUAUGUUUGACGAUAUUAGGAGGAAUUUUAUCAUGAAUCCUCAGUCGGGUCUUCGAAUCAGACCUUUUAAGCAAGCUCAUUUAAAUAGACUGAAGGAUCGUGAACUUUUAAAGCUUUCCGAUUAUUUGGAACUUAUUGCGAAACUCGAUGAUUUUCAAACGUUGAAUCACAGAAAAUGGGAGGAAUAUAGAGCGAAGAAAAUAAAGAGUCAUAGUAGGAGAUAUGAAGGGAACGAAAAACAAAAUACUUAGCAAUCAAAAAACCAUUUUCAGAUUGAAGUUUUUGUUUUAAAAACUCAUUGAGAUUUUUGUCUUACGACAGUUAAUCGCAAAUUAAAUUAAUACUAAAAGUAGACAAAAAUAUCCUUUUUCGUAAUAUUAUUUUUAUGUCUUUGAAAUAAUAAAUCAUUUUCUAUACACUGAUA